AUGGCUUCCCGCUCUUCUUCAAAUACCUCAGAGAUACCAUCAGAGGGCUCGUUGUCCGUUGGUGUCUUCUCUCCUCCACAAGAUCACUACGAGUGGAAGAGAGCCCUUCUCGAUGUGAAAUGGCUAUGUUUCAACCAGCAAUACAAACAAUGUGCCUUACGUUGCAAUCAACUCAUAGACACUGCGUCUAGUCCGCUUCAUCCGAUCCGUGCAACCUACCUCCACUAUUAUGCAGCCACCUCAUAUGAGUACAUGGGACGAGCAGCCCACAUCUUUUCGGCUGUCAAAGUCCCGCUUCUGACUUCUGCUAUGGAGCGGUUUCAGACUGCUUAUGAGUCUUUGCCAGCUAUGAUCCCGUCCCCAGUUCCGAAUCCCAACCAGACCUACUCGCCAGUUACUUUUCUUCAUUCGCCCGACUCGUCUCCUCGGUCUUCCAUGACUACUGUAGUGUGGAGCCCCCCUUUGCCAGAUCGUGGUGUCAUUGCUGGUCCUGGCCCUGAUUCAAAUGCUGAUGCUCUGUCGGUUGAGAACCUGUCGGCCCAUAAUGCUAGGCUGGUUCACACUCCUCCCCCACCUGUCCCUUCUCCCUCUUCUUCCUCCCACUCGUCUAUUACGACUGCUUUUUGUGUCACGCCACCUCCAGCUUCUCGAGGAGUCUCGCGUUUUGACUAUAGUGCUCCUCCCCCGGCUUUUCAUAUCCCGCCUCCGACCCGUGAGCCCCCUCCUCCACCAUGCGAUGCUUCUCCUCGCCAGACCGCCAGAUACCAAUUGGUCUCUUUUAAUAGCGCCAGAGAUGGGCUUCCUAACGGGGGAUCUAUCGUUCGAAACAUUGCCCGGAUGAUUGAUAACUCUAUUAUCGCGGGAGCCGACGACCCUUUUGUGAGCCGCGCGCCGGCAAACUUUCACGCUAUGAAGAAGCCACCCGUGCGUCUGUCUCCGAUCAAGAUCCCAGCCGAAUUUGAGGAUCCAGCAAAGCGCAGCGAGCUAAUUCCAUCCCCUCUUGCAAUCCGGAAGAGCUCCGGCGAGGUGUUCAUGUGCACCAGUUCUCCAAUGGUAAUCUGUGGAGGUUCAGAGCAAGAAGUAGCUAGGAGCGAGGUGAAUCGAUCCAUCCGAGCUCGCCCUCCACGGCUACCCUUGAAGAUAAUCCCAUCUGGACGUCUGAAUGCUAACACAGAGAAGACGAGCCCUACAGUCCUAGCGUCGCAGCCAAAACGUCUCCUAAGCCCCGUCUUCCCUUCGCCCAUGCCCAUGCCUAUGGCUCCACCGACGCCCACCCCCGUUCCGAGAAAGAAAGUCCCUGUCCUCGGGUCGCCGUUCAACAGCCAUGCAGGCUCACAAAAGAAUACAAGCACCAAAUCGCUCCCGUCACGGUCGACAAAGCCAUCCCCUGCACCUGUCAGCGCCGAGCGCCAAGCCCAGAUCAAUUCGUUCAACGGCGCUGUCAAGUGGCUCCGUGAGCACAUUCCCGCCGACGUGACCGGGCUCCGCAAGCAGAUCAAGCAUGUUUCAGACCUGCAGCAGGCCCGUCGCUCUCGCAAUACUACUAUGGUCCGUUCUGCCUCCUUCUGGACCUUUUCUCCCGUUAAGUCUAGCCCCGGUGCAUCACAAGAGCCUCCUGUGAUCGAGGGACCUAAUAUCGAUGAGUAUGGAAAUGUUAUCCGAGUUGAGACUAAGGCGCAGCGUAUUAAGCGACUUAGGGCAGAGGAUUGGAGGAUUGGUAUCCGGUCGAAGCAUAGUCUCUGGAAGGGGACUGAGUACUACGACAAGCUUUGCGAAACUGCUUUGGCUGAGCUUGGUGAGACUGGUUAUGGAUCUAGUGAAUGGCUGAAGCGGUGA